CAAUUUUGUGUUUUCCACUUUAGGUCCUUCGUCUGAACCACCUGUAGUAGAGUCAAAGGAUAGAAAAGCUAAUGCACAUCUGAUCUUAAAAUUACUCUGUGAAAGUGUAGUACUUCGACCGUACCUUCGAGAAUUGCUUUCAGCCAAGGAUGCAAGAGGAAUGACACCUUUUAUGCUGGCUGUUGGUGGAAGAGCUUAUCCUGCUGCGAUUACUAUUCUAGAAACUGCUCAGAAAAUAGCCAAAGGCGAUGUCUCAGGUGAAAAGGAAGAAGAUGUAUUCAUGAGCAUGAUUUGUCCACCUGGUACUAAUCCUGAUGACUCUCCGUUGUAUGUCUUGUGCUGCAAUGAUACGUGUAGUUUUACAUGGACUGGAGCAGAACAUAUUAACCAGGAUAUUUUUGAAUGCCGGACGUGUGGAUUGCUGGAGUCUCUGUGCUGCUGUACCGAGUGUGCAAGAGUAUGUCACAAAGGACAUGACUGCAAGCUGAAAAGGACAUCCCCUACAGCAUAUUGUGACUGCUGGGAAAAGUGUAAAUGCAAAACGUUGAUUGCAGGACAGAAGUCUGCUCGUCUUGAUUUGCUCUACAGGCUCCUUACUACAACCAAUCUCGUCACACUGCCAAAUAGCAGGGGUGAGCAUCUGUUGCUCUUUUUAGUUCAAACAGUUGCUAGGCAAACUGUGGAGCACUGCCAAUAUCGGCCACCUCGGAUAAGAGAGGAUAGAAACCGCAAGACUGCAAAUGUUGAAGAUUCUGAUAUGCCUGAUCAUGAUUUAGAGCCUCCGAGAUUUGCUCAGUUGGCUUUGGAGCGUGUCCUUCAGGACUGGAAUGCGUUGAAAUCGAUGAUAAUGUUUGGAUCACAGGAAAGCAAGGACCCGCUUAGUGCAAGCAGUCGGAUAGCUCAUCUCCUACCAGAAGAACAGGUAUACCUUUCUCAGCAAAGUGGCACAAUUCGUCUAGACUGCUUCACACAUUGUCUCAUCGUGAAGUGUACAGCUGACAUUUUGCUUUUGGAUACCUUACUUGGAACACUGGUGAAGGAGCUACAGAACAAAUAUACUCCAGGACGCCGAGAAGAAGCCAUCACCGUCACCAUGAGAUUUCUACGCUCAGUAGCAAGAGUAUUUGUCAUACUUAGUGUGGAAAUGGCUUCAUCAAAGAAAAAAAACAAUUUUGUACCUCAACCAAUUGGCAAAUGUAAGCGGGUAUUCCAAGCUCUCCUACCCUAUGCUGUAGAGGAACUCUGUAAUGUAGCUGAAUCGCUUAUUGUUCCGGUUAGAAUGGGCAUUGCACGCCCAACAGCUCCCUUUACAUUGGCAAGCACCAGUCUAGAUGCUAUGCAAGGCAGUGAAGAGCUGUUCUCAGUUGAGCCACUUCCUCCAAGGCAGUCAUCUGAUCAAUCUACCAGUUCCAGCCAGUCACAGUCUUCAUACAUCAUUCGUAAUCCUCAGCAGCGACACAUUAGCCAGUCGCAACCUGUUCGCGGCAGAGAUGAAGAGCAAGAUGAUAUUGUGACAGCAGAUGUGGAAGAGGUUGAGGUCGUUGAAGGAGUAGCUGGAGAAGAAGACCAUCAUGAUGAGCAAGAAGAGCAGGGUGAAGAAAAUACUGAAGCUGAGGGGCAACAUGAUGAGCAUGAUGACGAUGGGAGUGAUAUGGAACUUGAUCUCUUGGCAGCAGCAGAGACUGAAAGUGACAGUGAAAGCAACCAUAGCAAUCAGGACAAUGCCAGUGGACGCAGGAGUGUUGUCACUGCAGCUACCGCAGGAUCUGAAGCAGGUGCGAGCAGCGUUCCAGCCUUUUUCUCAGAGGAUGACUCUCAAUCCAAUGACUCCAGUGAUUCUGACAGUAGCAGCAGCCAGAGUGAUGAUGAAGAACAGGAUACAUUUUUGCAGGAUGAGCCUUUGGAGAGAACCACCAGCAGUUCUCAUGCAAACAGUGCAGCUCAGGCACCACGCUCCAUGCAAUGGGCUGUACGCAGUACCCAGAACCAAAGGUCAACUAAUACAACUCCAUCUAGUACUAGCACUCCUGCAGGGGGCUCAGCAGGUUUAAUUUAUAUUGACCCUUCAACCUUGCGACGCAGUGCUACCAUCAGUACUAGUGCAGCAGCAGCAGCAGCGGCUCUGGAAGCAAGCAAUUCCAGCAGUUACCUCACGUCAGCAAGCAGCCUGGCACGAGCCUAUAGUAUUGUCAUACGGCAGAUCUCUGACCUCAUGGGUUUAAUUCCAAAGUACAACCACUUGGUGUACUCUCAGAUACCAGCUGCCUUGAAAAUAACAUACCAAGAUGCCAUGAACUUGCAGAAUUAUGUGGAGGAAAAGCUGAUGCCUACAUGGAACUGGAUGGUUAGCAUCAUGGACUCCACUGAGGCACAGUUACGGUAUGGUUCGGCGUUAUCCUCUGCUGGGGAUCCUGGUCAUCCCAGCCAUCCUUUACAUGCUUCUCAAAAUUCUGCCAGGCGUGAGAGACUAACAGCACGUGAAGAGGCCAGUUUGCGAACACUAGAGGGAAGAAGACGUGCUACUUUGUUGAAUGCUCGUCAAGGAAUGAUGUCUGCACGUGGUGAUUUUCUCAAUUAUGCCCUUUCUCUCAUGCGUUCCCAUAAUGAUGAACAUUCUGAUGUCCUGCCAGUGUUGGAUGUUUGCUCAUUAAAGCAUGUAGCAUACGUUUUCCAGGCACUUAUUUAUUGGAUUAAAGCAAUGAACCAGCAGACAACAUUGGAUACGCCACAGCUAGAUCGAAAACGGUAG